GUUUUCAGGCCCUUCCUAUCCCUGUCGCUCCUUCCCGCCUGCCCGUCAUGAUACGCAGGAAGACGCUCUGGAUAUCCUUGUCGCUCCUGGGGCUGGUCCUCCUCGGCACGGUCGUCGUGCUCUCCUCCAUCUCCUUCUACCUUUCCAUCGACACCGCCGCCUAUCUUACCGAAGACGAGGUCGGCGUCCCGUACAACGGCUCUCGGUGGAACGCGACGGCGCAUGGCAAGACGGAGCGCAUACCGCGCAUUCUGCAUCAGACAUGGAGAUCACAGACGUUGCCGGACAAAUGGAAGGAUAUCUCGCAGGAGUGCAGGGACAUGAUGCCCGACUACGAGUAUAUCCUCUGGACGGACGCGAGCUCCAGGGAAUUCAUUGCUGAAUAUUACCCCUGGUUCUUAGACACGUUCGACAACUACGAGUACCCCAUCCAGCGCGCUGACGCCAUCCGAUACUUUGUGCUGUACCACUAUGGGGGCGUCUAUCUCGACCUGGAUGUCGGCUGUCUACAACGGCUCGACCCGCUCUUGGUCUAUCCCGUCAUCCUUCCAAAGACCAUUCCCGUCGGCGUCUCCAAUGAUCUCAUGUUCGCCGAAAAGGAACACCCAUUCAUGCGCCAGACCAUCGACAACCUCAUUUCCUGGAAUCACGACUGGGUAAUCAACUAUCCGACAGUUAUGUUCUCCACGGGUCCCAUGUUUCUAUCCGGCCAGUAUGCGCUGUACGCCGCCACCCACGCACCCACUCCCGACCAGCCAGGAGGCGAGGUUCGCAUCUUGCCCAAGUCUCUCUACGGCAAGAACGCGAAACCAGAGGAAGCGCCGCACGCCUUCUUUGCGCACUACUACGGCAGCAGCUGGCACGCUGGCGAUGCUGGGUUCAUCGGCUUCCUCGGCAAAUGGGGCAAGACGCUGAUGUGGAUAGGAUCAGUCCUGCUUAUCAUCGGCCUGAUGAGAUUGGCCAUCCUCGGUGAUUCGAAGCGCAAGUACAGCUUGCGCCGCAUCGGCCGCUACGAGAUCUUCUACCCGCGCUGGCAGGAGCGGAGCGGGCGGUGGUACAUCGACCUCGGCUUCCUGUCCGUGCCGACGCACUCGACCGCGCCGUCGUCGCCGAUCUCCCUCCCACCGAGCCCGACGUCGUCGCUGGAAGAAGGGGAAGUGCUCCUACCCCUCCCCAUCUCCGUGCGGCCCGCGUCCCCUUCGCCGUCCGAGGUGUCUUUACUGAACGAGCCGCCUUCCAGCCCAACGUCCAUCCAGCCCGUAGUCGACGCGGUCGUGCGCACCGGUAGCCGGAUCAUCGCCGCGAUCGUGCCCUCGUCGUCCUUGUCGUCGUCGCACCGUUCGCCGCGGAGACCCCGGCGGCGCGGCGUGAUCGCGCUCCUGCCCGCGAUCUUCGCGUCGCAGGAUAUGGAGCUGAACGAGCACCAGCGCAGCCCGCUGCCGCCGCAGUACCGCGACGCGCCGGCUGCACCUACGCCGGGGCCGGAGAAGCGGCGGUACGAGGAGGACUUUGAGAGCGCGGGGCUGACGGCGUCGGCGCUGAGCUCGCGCGUGCCGAGUCGCGUGCCGAGCCCGCCGUCGAUGGCGGGGAGCUCGUCGGCGCCGCCGCCGUACGACCGGCUCGAAGACGGGACGUACCGGCGGACGUGACGGCUGGGUGGCUGGCUCGGGUGUCCGUGGGAUCUAAGGAUAGGGGAUGCGCGGAUCUGAAGAUGAAGAAGCUAAAUAAACGAUGUGGAACUGAUUAUACCCCUGCGGCGACGACACGGCCUACUCACCCCCCCCUUUUGCCCGCUCUGCAGUGCUCAGCAUACACUCGCAUUGUAUAACACAGCAUUGCAUUUACUACGUGCCAUUGUACCCUACCCUACACCCCGUCCGUCAUACAUACAUACGCGCGCACGGGUGUUAGCCACCCCCACCUAGUGUCGGUUCGCGGUUAUUUCCGUACUUUCUAUGCCUUUGCACUUUCUGAUACAUCGCGGACUUGAUUGUUAGUAGUUGAUAAUACAUUUGCGGGACUGUUCUACGCGUGGGCUUCAAGCUUGGAGUAUGUG